AUGGUCAAAAUUUCCCCAUCUUUGCUCCCGCUUCUCUCUGUGGCGGCCGCUUGGCCUACUGUCAUGGAGAUGGAUAUGCAUCUGAAGCGCGCCGCCACUUCGGGUCGCCUCAACACCGGUGCUGGUCACCCAUUCCCAUCAUUUGAUGCCAAGGCACAAUAUGUUGAUGUUGGUCCUGGAAGUGGCCAUGAAUUUCGCUCGCCUGGCCCUAACGACCGUCGCGGUCAGUGCCCUGGCCUCAACGCUGCUGCCAACCACGGCUUUUUACCUCGCAAUGGACUGCCCACCAUCGUUGAUACUAUCACUGGUUUGGAGGAGGCUUACAACAUGAGCCCAGAACUUGCUGCUGGUCUUGCUGCUAUUGCGGUGCUUAUUUCUGGAGAUAUCCCGACCCUUAAGUGGUCCAUCGGAGGCGGCUUCCCUUCAACUUUGCCUUUAGUUCUUUCUGAUCCCAAGGGGAUUAUCGGCUCCCAUAACAAGUACGAAGGAGAUGCAUCCAUUGUUCGAGGUGACGCUCACCUCAAUGGGGGCAAUGUUGGCGUCUUCCAGGACCGCUCUUGGAACAACCUUAUGGCCAUUAUUGGGGACAGUUUGACCCUUGAGAAGACAAUCGUAUUGUCAGACGACGUUACCAAUUUCUCUAUCAACAACAACCCGUACUACUUCUCGGGACCUUUCUCUGGCUUAGUUGCGCCUGCUGCGCACAACUUUGUCAUCAACUUCAUGUCCAACCACUCCGCAGAGAACCCAGGAGGCUUCUUGACGAAGGAAGUUGUUAAGAGCUUUUUUGCGGUCACAGGUGACGAGGGCAAAUUUGUACAUCACCCCGGCCAGGAACGCAUCCCUGACAACUGGUACCGUCGCCCAGGAGGCAAAGACCAGUACAAUGUCGUCGAUGUCUUCAUUGACUUGAUUGCUGGCGCUGCAGAGAAGCCUGGCACCCUUCGUUUUGGCGGAAACACUGGCACUACAAACUCCUUCACCGGUGUUGAUCUAACAGAUCUUACUGGCGGUGUUUUCAAUGGAGCCAGUCUUCUUGAAGGAAACAAUUUGGCCUGCUUUGCCUUCCAGGCAGCCAUGGCGGGUGGAGUUGAUGAGCUAGACGGUGUCCUUGGCCUCCUUGGUGGCCUCCUUGACCCUGUCCUCAACCCUAUUAAGGAUGCCUUCGCCGGACUUGCAUGCCCACAACUCAAGGAAUUCCGUAGCCAGCUGUUUGACAUUUUCCCUGGAUAUAAGGGAAAAUGA